AUGAUGACACUGAAGAUCAAAGAUAUGCAUCGCACAAGCACUUUUCCAUCCAUUCUGGAUUCCUAUCUGUAUUCUGAAGGCUUGGAAGAGGCAGUACCCAUGGCCAAUGUCGUGACUCAGAUAAAGAAGCUGAAAGAAGGAAGAGUUCAACGUACCGUCUCGGUUGCAGAGCUCCAAAAAAAGAAAGCUUUUCUUGAAAAGCGCCAUCUGCAGUCGUAUCGCCGCCUUCACCACCUGAAGGACAGCUUGUCCCACCGAUACGCCGAGCUGCUCACCGACAAGGUCCAAAGACAGCGGCAAUAUAUCAAACAGCAAAACUCGCCUGCGUUAAAAACCACCGAACAACACAAUCCGAGGAGCUCCAGAGGCCUGGCCUUCCAGGAGCUUGUUGGUUCAACCCUUAAAGAUAAUACUGCAUUCCUGAAGUCUUUACCUAAGACACGUUAUUACCUGGUAAAUCUUACCUGA